CCAGUUCUCUGCUUUAAAGUUCAGGACACCACCCUGGCCUGUCAGCCUGCCUAAGGAGUAGGGCCAGGGUGGCGGACGCCGCCCCAGAGGUCAGCCAGCCUACCACAAGGGUCUGCUGUCUAAACCCUUAGGUUCGCUGAGAUCACCUGUCCUCCCGCCACCUCUCCACCAGGUUUUCAGCUACUGAUGUUACAAACAGUGAAAUAUUGGAGCAUAGAAUUGAGGAAAAGACUUAACCAGGGAGAUUUUUCUCUAAUUAGUGAAAAAUAUGGUUACUGAAACAGAAGACCCACGAAUAGUCAAAGUGACACCUCUCCAGCAAAUGUUGGCCUCUUGUACUGGAGCAAUAUUGACAUCACUAAUGGUGACACCACUGGAUGUAGUUAAAAUUCGACUCCAAGCCCAGAGCAACCCCUUUCCCAAAGGAAAGUGUUUUAUGUACAGUAAUGGACUCAUGGAUCAUGUGUGUAUCUGUGAAGAAGCAGGCAACAAGGCAUGGUACAAGAAGCCAGGAAACUUCCAGGGAACAUUGGAUGCCUUUUUAAAAAUCAUUCGAAACGAAGGCAUUAAAUCCCUGUGGAGUGGUCUUCCUCCUACUCUAGUGAUGGCAGUUCCUGCUACAGUUAUUUAUUUUACCUGCUAUGAUCAGUUAACUGCUCUUCUGAGAUCUAAAUUAGGAGAAAAUGAAACCCGAAUACCAAUUAUUGCUGGAGUUGUGGCCAGAUUUGGUGCAGUAACUGUGAUAAGUCCCUUAGAAUUGAUUAGAACCAAGAUGCAGUCCAAGAAGUUUUCUUACAAAGAACUACAUCAAUUUAUCAUCCAGAAAGUAUCUGAAGAUGGUUGGGUUUCCCUUUGGAAGGGCUGGGCUCCUUCUAUUCUUAGAGAUGUACCUUUCUCAGCAAUGUACUGGUAUAACUAUGAAAUUUUAAAGAAGUGGUUAUGUGAGAAAUCUGGUUUAUAUGAACCAACAUUUAUGAUCAACUUUACGUCAGGGGCAUUGUCUGGUUCUUUUGCAGCUAUUGUAACUUUACCAUUUGAUGUGGUGAAAACACAAAAACAGACACAACUUUGGACUUCAGAAAGUCAUAAAAUUUCUGUGCCUUUGAAUAUGUCAACUUGGGUUAUAAUGAAGAAUAUUGUUGCUAAAAAUGGGCUUUCCGGAUUAUUUACAGGUCUGAUUCCUCGCUUAAUUAAAAUUGCUCCUGCAUGUGCCAUCAUGAUUAGUACAUACGAAUUUGGAAAAGCUUUCUUUCAGAGGCAGAAUGUUCGAAGACAGACACAGGAGUGAUGCCUAAACCUGAGGAGUGUCAGCAGUAGCCAAAUAGGACAGACAAGGGCAGUGCCCCUGUUACCUGUUACAACCAGUUAACAUUUUCCUUCCCUGUAAUUUAAGUUAGUAAUAAUUUAUAAUCUACCUCUAAAUCAUAAGCUUAAUUUUAAAAUAUUUUUUAUUUUUAGAGAUUUUUUAGAACAAUAAUCCAGAAUCACAAUCAUUUAACACUUUCUUAAAGAAAAUUGUUCAUUAGCAUUGAAAACAAUCUCUUGAGAAUUUUAUAUUAUACAUUUCAGUGUAAAUUGUAUGUCAUCUAUAUUAUAACUUUUUGAAUUGUUUGCUGAAUGACGUAUAGAAUAUUCAAGUCGGAUGCAUUAAAAUCAUGUAUAUAGAUACUACUCACAUUUGCCAAAUAUUACCUAUUAAUUUAUUUUAAAUUAACUCAGUGCAAUACCACCACUCACCUUUGUUACUGUUGUUAUGUUCUCACGUAUUUCUCUGAGUAAAGAUGUGGCUAUCUUAUGAACUAAAAUAUAAUCCUUCAUGUGGUGCGCAGGUCUUGCCGUUUUGAUAAGUAAACUCCCUUAUCUGCGGUUCUUAUUAAAAAAUGAGUUUUACUGAUGAGUAAAUACUCAAGCUUGGCUCUGCAGUUGAAAUCCACAUUGCUUUAAACUAGUAUAAAGCAAUUGGGGCACAGGAAUAGCUUCUGGCUUUUAAGCCAGUUUGUAAUCUAAGUAUCAUUGUUUAUGGAUUUCAUUAGGUCAUUUCUGUGAUUUUCUCUAACAAGAUAGAUAUUGUUACAGGUUUAACCUCUUUAAUCUGAAAACCCACAACCUCAAUUUUUGAGCACAAGUGAAAAGUUUUAUACCUGAUGAUAGCAUGUGAAAUACAAGCAUGCAAAGAUUAUUGCAUAAAAUUACCUUCAAGCUAUAAGUAAGUGUGAAAGUUAAAUGCUUAAAUGAACAGAGAUACUUGGGCUUGGUUUGACAGAAGUUGUAUAGUAGCACCUUCCUAGCAUGGGUGGGGUUUUUGAGUUCAAGCCCCAGUACUGACUGAGAAAGGGAGGGGAGAGCUAGUGUGGUAGCAUCUGCCUAGCAUAUAUUAGGUCUUUAAGUCCUAACACAAGUACUGCCAGAGAGAAACAGAAAUAGAACCUAUAUUGUAAUGUCACACAAAAAUAAAAAUUUCCUUUGAUUUUACACUGUCUCAUAUUGAUAUGAUAAACCAAAAGACCAAAUAAAAAGAUAUUCCUUCAAAAAUUAUUUAUGACCAAGUUUUCAUUUAGCUGUGACUUCACCUAGGAGUGAAAUAAAAAGGAUAUGAUCAGUCUAAGGAUGUAAGCUUACAGUAGAGUGCUUAUCUCCCAUAUGUGAGGCCUAGAGUUCAGUCCCCAGCAACACUUCCCCCCUCCCCCGCAAAAAAGUAAAAAUGAUAUCAGGACAAGAGAUAAACUUUUAUGGUUUUGUUUGAUUUUCCUUAUUCUAUAAGAAAAAACACCUUAUUGCAUUCUGUGUGUUUUAUGCAAAUGUAAAGAAUUUUCCCCCUGCAAAUAGCAUGAUGUGUUUUGAUGAUAAACUUUUGCAGUUUGUGCAGAGAAAUUAAUACAUAUUGUAUUAUACUAGUAAAGCAUUUGUGUUUCACCAGAAAUAAUCUGUAAGGCUUAUAUGUAACCUUUGGUGUUUGUUUUAAUUAACUAUGUUGAUUUACCUCAGAUUUGCAAUGUGCAUAUCCAUUCAUAACUUUCCUACAUUUUCAUUAAAAUAUUUUAUGCCUACUUAAA